GCGCAUUUUAUCAAUGUGAUAAUCAAAGGUCACCCUAUUCCGAACUGUAAGUAGCUGAUAUAAAAGUGACUUGCACUCACGAGUUACCGGUGGAUAUUGAGGAGUAUAAUUUGAAUUCAGUAAAAGUGGUGGCACAGAUCAAGUCAACAUUUAAAAAUCAGCAAGAUGAUUUUUGCAGCGAUACAAUCUGCAGCGUCUGCUCUUGCCAGUGUUGCAGCAUGGGCAGUGCCGGGCGAAAGCAGUUCAACAGCUGCGACAGAAAGCUUACAUCGUCUGUUGAACGAGUUGAAACUUUUAGAAAAGGAUCGGCAGAAAGAACUAAAUAAGGCCCUCGGAAACCAAGAAUUCAUGAGACACAAACCUAUGAUUGAAUUUUUAUCCAUUCUAUCGUUUGUGAACUGGCUUUUUAUGGAAUAUCUCUGUUACUAUGAUGCAGUGAAUACAUUGAUCCACUCCGAUGAAGGAUCGGAGGCUUCAAGGAAGGCCAUUAAGACCAUUGAAGCAUCUACUGAGCAGGUAGUCCAAUUCAAUAAAAUAGUAAAAUCGCAGGGUGAAAAGCUCUCUCCACCCAAUUUGAGGAUGACCAAUCAAACGGACCACUUACAAGCUUUAUUCAAAAGCACCAUUGAGAAAAAUGAAGAAGUUGAGGCCCAACUUCGCCUUAAAUUAUCCGAUCCUUCGUUCAAAAAACAUAUGAAGGAAGUGCCGCAUCUACCCGAAGGAGGAGGUGGAAACAAUAGUGAUGUAGGAAAGAUUAUAAGUGCACAUUUUUGCGCAAAAAAAUAAAAAAUUAUAAAAGAUUA